AUGAGGCGAGUUCAAGGUCGCGUGACUCGCGACGAUGUCCGAUCAGCUGGCCUGAGACGAUGGGAUGGUCGUUCCCGGACUACCACUGACUGGAUCAAUAUAUUCCAUGAACCCGAGCUAUGCUGGCCAACUGGCGAUUGCUUCGUCUAUCUGCGGGAACCCGGUCAAUCGAGUAGAGGACCGGCUUUCCGAGUUCACACUUCUUUCCUCAGAAUCAAAGGCUUCGAUGCCCUGGUGGACCGUUGUGUGGUCCGGAACUCCAUCCACGUCGAUUCAGAAUGUGUCAUGCCAAAUUGCCCCGGUUGCGACCCGUCCAUAUCACUCCAAGAGCUCUAUAUCCCAGCACCAUCUGGUGCAGGCCUAGAAGAAGUCUUCAACCAUCACAUCACAACCCGAAAUUUCUUCGCUUGGUUAUACAAUCGACCUCUAGCUGGACGGACACUAGGGCAGGCUUUGGUAGAUCUGAAAGAGAGGAUUGAUGUAUAUCGACCGGAAGGCUUUGAUCAAAACAAGCUCGAGGUGAUCUCCUUUGCCGAGAAUCAAAGAUAUCUUGACUUCCGGGAGUGUGUUGAUCAUGCCCUUGCGGCCCUUUACCUAGCCGAACGAAUACAGAUCGAAGAUCUGUGGAUUGACUCUUUUGCUCAUUGCGUCGGGAUGAGCCAUCGUGGCUUACGCUCGAGCAUCGAGUACGCGGUGGUCAAUGCGAAGUCCAAGACCGUCAUCAACCGUGCUCGGUUGGAGAUGGACUUACGCCUUGACAGAGUCAACAAAUCUAUUGUCAACUUCUUCGAGAAUGACGUCUCGGGGAGCUUCCUCGGACUUCCCCAACCCGCCCGGGAUCAUCUAGAUCGUUUCCGCACGUUCCUCAAGAACUUCUACUCCGAGCAACAUGGCGGUUCCUGGCCUCCUGAAGACUUUGAAGUUGAGGCGGUUCAGCAAGCGAUAUACGGCAGGGUCUUUUCUGACUUCCAGAACCUCUACCAACACCUCGUGGACCCGGAGUCUUCGAACACCCUCGCAGAGAAUGACAUCUCCAAGUCAGGUGGAGUGUGCGCAUUACAAAACAUACAGGCGUUUGACACGAAACACAAAUAUGAACCGCUCGCUCAGCCACUUCCUCUGUUACCCAAGAUUGUCGAGCCCGCUAAUGCCCCGCGAACCAAGAACCAAAGACGAAAAUCUUGGAACCCGAUUCAGUGGCGCAAAGCUGAAAAGGAAGCACGCAAAACACAAAACAAGGAAGCACUGAUCGCCGCCUCGAACCGAGAUUUCCUCCUUAUGGAAUGUCCGUUGGUAAGAAGCUAUACUGACUUUGAGAUCAAAACUGUGGACGACGACCUAGAGGGUCUAUCAGCAGUUGAAGGGAGGAAAGUCAGGUGGAUCCUUGUCUAUGCGGUACUCCAAGUCUUCCACUCGAUUGCACAACCACCUAAGCAAGUACGCAACGCUGCGAAUUUGAGCUACUCUCUUUGCUGCCAUGCUCCCGAGCAAAUGCCUUGGCAGCAAAACAUCCCCCAGAACGUUGGAGCAUCAGCGUCGACAAUGUAUCUAACCCCUGACACCGGCUAUUCUCACACCAACACGUCCACCUCCUCGGUCGGUGGAACUGUGAAGCGAGGGAGAUCAGACAAGACUCGCCGUCUGACCUUACCUGCAAACUUCCAGGGGUCACUAAAAGCUUCCUUGUCGACCAAGACGGACCCUGGAAAGCGAUCUUCUUCAUUACGCCGGUUCGUAACUCGCAAGACAUUGACCAGUACGGAAGAAAUGCCCACGAGAUCGACGAAACCUACCAAACCGACGAAAAAGCCGUCUUUCUGUGAGAUCUACAUUGAAGGUUACGGCAAUGGUUUGAACAAGAUCGUCGGCAACUCGACAGGGUCCUCCACGACCGAUGCAGUUGCCUAUACGGCCGAGCCCCAAGAGCUUGGUAGUAGUGACGCCGAGAGGCUCUUGUUCUUCCCUCACGAAAUCCAGAGUGAGACGGUACAUGAACUGGCCACGAACGAGACACCUGAUCGACACUCGCUCGCAGAGGAGGAAGAAGUCGCCGCUGGAGCGUCGUCGACAUCCGAUGACUCGCCCACCACCCCGCCAGGGAUGUCUCGUGAAUCGUCUAGUUCGUCGAUCAGCAGCACCUGGUCCAAGACUAGUCCCCACAGCGGCGACGAACACGGCCCUGUCACGCCGAGCAGCAGCCGGGGCAGGGCCCGCACAUGCACGCUGAAGGAGAUUCUGCAGAUGAACAGUGUCUCCAAGCGGCCCGUGAGCGUCAGUGAGGAGGCCAUGAUGGGCAUGUCGGACGUCAAGAUCGUCGACGUCGAUGCCAUCCAGAUGCCUCUUGUCCACUUCAACACACAGACUUGGGAUGUCGUACUGGGAACGAGACCCUCUACCGCGCCCGCCCAGCCGCUGGCGGUGGCUUGA